CAUUUUAUAUUUAUAAUCUAAAUAAACUAAUAAUGAUUAUGGUUAAUUAUUAGAUGCUAUUUAUAUUUUAUUAUUCAUUCGUAAUAUUCGUAAUAUUUCUUAUUGAAUUAUUCUUGUUUACACGGAGUACGGACGUCGGACGGUAAACACUAAUUCGUUACUAGUUCGUCUCCAUUCUCCAUCAGCAUUCAGCACAUGUGGAUUUUAAUAAUUAUACCAAAUAAUAUAUUAUACAGAUUACAGAAAUACAAAACAACGAAAUACUAAGUACCAACUACCAAGUAUUCAAUAUGAGUGAGGUAUGGCAAGUAUUUAGUAAAGACGAUGUUGGUCUUAAAGUGAAAUGCUCAAUAUGUAAAAAGAAAUAUGCAAAUCCAGGAUCAAGUACAACGAACAUGAGGAACCAUUUAAAAUUUAAACACAAGCCAAAAUUUAUUGAACUUGAUCGAAUUCGAAUGGGAUUAUCAGGAAGUGCAUUUAAUCAAGACGUUUCCAAUGUUUCCAUAGACGAAGAUAAUUACGUCAACAAUAUUUCUAAUCAACUGGCAUCACAAAAAAAACCAAAAACUGGGUUGUCUGUAAUUUUUGGUACUCCUGAAAAUAAUAAUAUGGAUAAUUUUCAAGAAGUUCCAUUAAGCCAAAAAAUAAAAAAUGAAUUGGACUUAUACAUUAACAAUCCAAAAAUUGGUGUUGAACAAGAUCCACUAGAUUGGUGGAACAUAAACAAGACAACUUACCCUAUUAUGUUCGUUUCAGCAAAAAAAGUUAUGACCAUUCAAGCUACAAGCGUAGCGUCUGAACGUAUUUUUAGUAAAGGGGGAUGUAUAUUAACUGAUCAUAGAUCAUCGUUAACUAAUGAACAUGCCAGUCAGCUUAUUUUUUUAACUAUGAAUAAGGACUAUAUAGCUAAACCAGUGUUUUAAAUAUUAUUUUAUUUUAAUUUAACUUCAAGAUUAAGACUGACCCUUAAGGUAAACGGCAGUUCAUAUUU